AUGAAUUACGGAAUUGAUUGGGAAGCUGAGCAACGUCAAACGUUGCUAGGAACUCGUGCAACUCUUGAUAGAGCAGCUCAAUCAGUGGCACGUUCUCAAACAGUUGCUGCUGAAACAGAGCAAAUUGGUCAAGAAGUAAUUGCUGAACUAGGUGUACAAAGAGAGACGUUAAUACGUACAAGAAGGAGAUUAUCUGAAACAGAUCAGGAAUUAGCUACUUCAAGAAAAAUAAUGCGAUUAAUUGGUCGAAGAGUUUUGACUAAUAAAAUUGUAUUAAUUUUGAUAAUAAUAUUAGAGGCUGCUAUACUUGGCUUAACUAUUUAUCUAAAAUUUUUUAGCAAAAAAUAA